AGUGGAGUUCAGUUCUGUAACAACGUGUGUAAAAACAAAAAAAGGGUCAUAUACCACAUCCCAAACUGUCAAACCCAACGACCCUUUAUGACUCUUUUACUUCAAGAGAGAGAGAGGCUUCAGCAUAUCAUGGCUGACUGAUUGUUCUUUUUUUUUUUUUUCUUCCCUGUUUGUUUGGGUGUCUGUUUUUAGUUCAUCAGUUACCUAUAACCGUGUUGAACAGUCAAAAAAAGUAUCUAAGCAACUUCCUUUUUUGUCAAACAUCAGAAGUUUUUUAUCUUUUUGUUUGUGGGGUUUCAAAGCUUCAAGGGGAAGUUGUUUGAAAAAAUUGUAAAGAUCAAGACUUUGAAGUUUUUUUGGGGGGGUUUAUAAGGGGUAUUCUUGGAAUCUUGAUUGAACUGUGGGAAAAAGUUGGGGUCUUUUUCUUUGGGGUUUAUCAUUAUUGAGGUAUGGAAAAAGGGUAUUAUGGAAUCUUGAUUUCACUGGUAGUUGAAUUGUGUGAAAAAGUUGGAGUCUUUUUCUUUGGGUUUUAUAUGAUUCAAAUUUUGGGUAUUUCAUAUAGUUCAAUUUAAAGCUCUAGUAAUAGAGAAUUUUGAAUUAUUGAGGCCUGGAAAAGGGUAUUCUUGGAAUCUUGAUUUCAUUUGCAGUUGAAUUGUGUGUAAAAGUUGAACUUUUUGGGGGUUAUAGCUUGUUUCUGUAUGAGGUUCAUAUGAUUCAAGUUUCAUGUAGUUCAAUUUAAAGCUCUAGUACUAGAGAGUUUUGAAUUAUUGAGGUCUGGAAAAGGGUAUUCUUGGAAUCUUGAUUUCACUUACAGAUAAAUAGUGUGAAAAAGUUGAGUUUUUUUGGGGUUAUAGCUAGUUCCUUUAUGCAGUUUAUAUGAUUCCAGUUUUGGGUAUUUUGGAUUCUUGAAUUUACUUGCAAUUGAUUUGUGUCGAAAAGUUGAGCUUUUUUGGGGUUCUUUUUCAAUGAAGUUUAUAUGAUUUCAGUUUUGGAUAUUCUGGAAUCUUGAUUUUCACUUGCCAUUGAAUCAUGAAUAAGUUGAGCUUUUUGGGGUUAUAGCUAGUUCCUCUAUGCAGUUUAUAUGAUUCCAGUUUUGGGUAUUCUGGAAUUUGAAUUCACUUGCAGUUGAAUUGUGUGAAAAAGCUGAGCUUUUUGGGGUUAUUAGCUUGUUUCUCGAUGCAGUUUAUAUGAUUCGAGUUCUUGGUAUUUCAUAGUGUUCUUUUUAAAGCUCUAAUACGUGAGAGCUUUGGAUCAGAAUUCUGAGUGGUUGUUGUUCCAUUUAAUUCUUGAAAAGAUGAUUUUUUGGCUAAGCCUGGUAUUGUGAGGCAGUAGCUUGCAACUGCAGAGGAGGGCUUGAUUGGCUGUCAUUUGUUGAUCAUGGGUUGUGUUUGUGGCAAACCUUCUCGAGCGGUCAAGGAUCGGCGGGAUGGCCAAAAGAAGAGAGAGUUGGAUAAAGGGGCAUCAGCUGUGGGUUCAAAGAGAGAAAAGAGUUUCAGGGUGAAAGAGAAAUCGGAGAAUGGUGAUAUAAGGGUUGGUUCGUUUGAUAGGAAGCCUAAUGGAUCUAAAAAGGUUGGGGACGAUCACUAUGAGAAAGUUAACGGAAAGCUUGAAGUUGUCCCGAAAGCAAUGGAAGGGGAGUUGAUUGCUGCAGGAUGGCCUUCUUCGCUUGCUGCAGUAGCCGGUGAAGCUAUUAAUGGUUGGAUUCCACGCAAGGCUGAGACUUUUGAGAAAUUAGACAAGAUUGGCCAAGGGACUUAUAGUAGUGUAUACAAGGCUCGUGACCUGGUUAAUGAUAAACUCGUUGCGCUUAAAAGAGUGAGGUUUGAAAAAAUGGAUCCUGAAAGUAUCAAAUUUAUGGCAAGGGAGAUUGUUAUUCUGCGAAGGCUUGAUCAUCCAAAUAUCAUCAAAUUGGAAGGCUUGGUCGUAUCUAGAACAUCUUGUAGUUUGUACCUCGUCUUUGAGUACAUGGAACAUGAUCUCACUGGACUGGCAGCUCUUCCCGACAUUAAAUUUACAGAGCCGCAGGUCAAAUGUUAUAUGCGGCAGCUUUUAAGUGGACUUGAUCAUUGCCAUAGUCGGGGUGUUCUGCAUCGGGACAUCAAGGGUUCUAAUCUUCUCAUUGACAAUCAUGGCAUUUUAAAGAUUGCAGAUUUUGGGUUGGCAAACUUUUUCGAUAACCAGCAAAGUGUUCCAUUAACAAGCCGUGUUGUGACUCUUUGGUAUCGACCACCGGAGCUCUUACUUGGAGCAAGCCAUUAUGGAACUGCAGUAGACUUGUGGAGUACUGGCUGCAUACUCGGAGAAUUAUAUGUUGCCAAGCCCAUUAUGCCUGGUAGGACUGAGGUGGAGCAACUACAUAAGAUUUUUAAGCUUUGUGGUUCGCCAACUGAGGAUUAUUGGAAGAAAACAAAACUAUCUUAUUCAGCAGUAUUUAAACCUAUACAGCCUUAUAAACGGCGUAUUGGGGAAAGAUUUAAGGAACUUCCUCCAUCCGCCGUGGGGUUACUGGAGACAUUACUUUCUAUAGAUCCUGCACUAAGAGGAACGGCAGUUGGGGCUCUUGAGAGUGAGUUCUUCACCACAAAGCCAUUUGCUUGUGAUCCUUCGAGUUUGCCAACAUACCCGCCAAGCAAGGAAAUUGAUGCAAAACUGCGGGAAGAGGAAGCUAGAAGGCGAGGGAAUGCAGAUGGAUCAAAAGAACGCCAAGCAGCUCCAGCACAUGAUGCUAAUGCCAAGUUAGCUAGCUCAAUGCAGAGGCGGCAGAGCAAUUCCAAUCCUAAGAGCCAAAGUGAUCGGUUCAAUCCCCCGAAGGAAGCUGCUGCUCGUUUUCCAAAUGAUCCACCUAAAGCACUACAAGCAGUGAAAGAAACUGCGAAAGAUCACAUGGAGAAUCUUUCAGAUAGAUUUUCAGACAAAGAUCAUCUCGACGAUCUUUCAGAGACAUUUUCUCAUUCAGUCCCUCUGGCUCUAGGGGUAUUUGGGAAGAAAUAUGAUGAUAUUUCUGCUGGUCCCAAUAGAGCCGACUUGUCAGACUUAGUAGCAUCCAGGUCCGUUGUGUCUGGAGGCGAUCGAGAUAGAUGUGUUAAGCUAGAAUCAGGCCAUCAAGUAGAAAGGACAGCACGGUUACUAGACGAACAUUCAAGGAAGCAGGAACAGAAGUAUUUCAUGCAGAACUUUGCUGGUUCUCGUCAAUUUGAAAGUGGAAGGACUUGUACUACGGAGACAAAUCUGCAUGACCUUGGUGACAAGGGAAACACAAUCCAUUAUUCUGGUUCACUACUUGUUGCAUCAAAUAAAGUGGAUCAAAUGCUUAAAGACCGCGACCGUCGCAUCCAGGAAGCUGCACGACGCGCAAGACUUGAGAAGACACGAGCAGGUCAAGGUCAGGCUCCAGGAAUGUAAAGAGCAUACAACUUUAUGUGUAUGUUCGGUAAUGUUUUUCUCAUGUUCGGUUGGUUAAAAAUAUUGGCACGAGUUUUUCUCAUGUUCGGUUGGUUAAAAAUAUUAGCACGAGCAGGUCAAACUCAGGCUCAAGGAAUGUGAAAAACAUUCAACUUUAUGUCUAUGUUUGGCAAUGUUUUUCUCAUGUUCGGUUGGUUAAAAGUUAUUUUCUUGGAAAACAUUUUUCUUCGUACCGAACACACCCUAUAUAUAUAUAUGUAUCUCUUCUAGUUUAGGAACAAGGUAGAUAAGCAUAUAUAUUUUUCUUGUAAAGCUCUAUGUAUAGAUCUCUUGAGGAAUGUUAUAAUAUUAUUCUUUUUGUAUAAA